CAUCUAGACUAAAUACUGAAGUAAUGGUAGGUAGAUCUAUAGCAGUGAUAGAGCUCAAGGUAAUAACAAAACAAAAAACUUUAAAGAGAGAAAAAGGUAAGGAAUUCGGUAAAAAGGAAAAAGCGAAACCUAAAACUGAAGUAAUAACAGAUAGAUCUAUAGUGGUGACAGAGCUUAGAGUAAACAAAGAUAUAACUAAACUAAACACCAAAGAAAUAACAGAUAGAUUUACAGUGGUGACAGCUCAAGGUAGUAACAAAAAUGAAAAACCUACGAAGAGAGAAAAAGGUGAAGAAUCUAGCAAAAGAAAGUACAAAACCUGA